AUGACACGUCUGGGCGAUAAUAUGGAAAAACAGGCCAGAUUACUGUCGUCGAAGCUCUUUCAGAAGCACAGACAGGUAGAAGUUGUUCUGAACCGCAGUGUUUUGGCGUGGAAGGAAACUGAGAAGAGCGAGAAACGAAGCUCCGGCAUCAGCAGCGCUUUAGAAACAGCACACAAAGAUGCUGUCCAAGUGUGUGAAAUACUGGCCGUCCACAAGACCAAAGACGAUGACCAGGACAGCACAGAGACCAGGAGGAGUCAGAAAAAAGCAACGCGGCUCUCCCAGCUGUAUCCCCAUGCAUUCACAGUUUCCUACGUUAGGAGGACAAGGCAGCAUCAGUGGCGGCGUAGUGAUGUCACCUUCCACUGUACCAAUCAGGCGCUCUGCGAGCAGUGGAUCCAUGUUAUCAAUGAGCAACUGUCAUCACUCACCAACCGACCGAAGAGCCUUCUGGUGUACAUCAAUCCCUACGGGGGAAAGCAGCGCGGGAAGCGUAUUUACGAGCAGAAGGUGGCCCCGCUUUUUCGCCACGCCUGCAUCUCAGCCGAUGUGAUUGUUACAGAGCGGGCCAAUCAUGCCAGGGACCACUUGAAAACAGAGGCCAAUCUAGAGAAAUAUGACGGGGUGGUGUGCGUGGGUGGAGAUGGGAUGUUUAGUGAGAUCCUGCAAGGAUUGGUCACCAGGACCCAAACAGACAACAGCGUGGACGAGAACCAACCAGAUGCUGAGCUGGUGCCAUGUUCUCUACGGAUAGGGAUCAUUCCUGCAGGGUCCACUGAUUGCAUCUGCUUUGCCACAGUGGGAACCAACGAUCCAGUUACUUCUGCUUUACACAUCAUUGUGGGUGACUCCCAGCCGAUGGACGUGUGUUCAGUUCACCACAAAAACGAAUUUCUCAGAUACUCUGUCUCGUUGCUUGGCUACGGUUUCUAUGGUGAUGUACUGACAGACAGCGAGAGGAAGAGAUGGCUGGGUCCUGCCAGAUAUGACCUGUCAGGGGUAAAAACCUUUCUGAGUCACAACUGCUAUGAAGGCACCAUCUCUUUCCUCCCCGCUGAGGACAACAUGGGGACCCCCAGGGACAAGCUGCAGUGUCGAUCCGGAUGCUGCGUCUGUCAGCACAAGCCCUCAUCAAAGGACAGCAAGCAGUGGGAGAUAGCAGAGGAGAGGGAGAAGUCUGAUAAAGAUGGCAGCAGUCGUUGGAGUGUGAUCCGUGGAAAAUUUAUUGCCAUUAAUGCGGCCAGUAUGAGCUGCGCGUGUCCCCGCAGUCCAAAAGGCCUGUCGCCCUCCGCUCACCUCGCCGAUGGCACCACAGACCUCAUCCUCGUCAGGAAGUGCUCCCGCCUGGACUUCUUAAGGCACCUUCUCCGGCACACCAACAAAGACGACCAGUUUGACCACUCAUUUGUGGAGGUCCACCGGGUGAGGAAGUUUAGUUUCCAGCCGCGGCACCGCGAGCUGGCUUCGCUGGAGGACCUGAGCGAGAGUCCAAAGAAGACAGGCUUCAGUUCCAUAUGCUCUGCCCAAACAGCCUGCAACCACAGCACCGCCCGCAGCAGCUGGAACUGCGAUGGGGAGACCCUGCCUCACACUGCCAUCCAAGUCAGUGUCCAGUGCCAGUUGAUCCGGCUGUUUGCCCGCGGUAUCGAGGAGCAGCAGCAGCAGUGUGUGUUUGAAGACCCUUGUCCACUGUGGGCCCUGGAGCCAAGCACGCUCUAGUCACUGGACGGAGAGCUGGAUGGGACUUUUAGCCGCUGGGAAACAAAUACCAAAUUACACUUGGCAGGAUUAUACGGGAGAAAUACAUGCAUCUCAUCAGUGUAAACGCUGGCGUUGCAUCCAUUUAUACCGCAUCUGCUAUCUCUAUGCACAAGAAAUGAUGGACUGAAACUUAAAGGUGUGGUUAAAAAAAAGCUCCAAAAAGAAGCUGAAAAGACUCCUAUCAGCAGCCAUAAAAACUGAAGUCUAAAGAGAAGUUACAUUGCAUGAUUUGUACUUACUGAAGUCUGUGAAAUUCAGUUAUCUCCUUUUUGCCAUUUCGGACUGUUAUGUGCAAAAUUGCCUCAUGCAUCUUUAACUAACCUAAAA